GAGAGAGAGAGAGAGAGAGACUCAUUCACCGCGUCUCUCCCCUCUGAUCGUGAAUACGAGUUUCUAGUUGUUACGUUAAUCUCACCCCACCCUGGAACGCUUAUUUUGUUGCGUCUACAGACUAGACCCCUCGGUCAUCCGUCGACGGACGGAGGUAGUGUGAAUGCGCCCUGGCCUGAAUACGCGCGGACCAUGGACCUCUAAAGACCGUUUGGAAUGCGCCCGGACCGUUUUGAGUACACCAUCCGGGUCCUUUCAGUGCACUGCUUUCCCCCCGAUCGUAAUUGGAACGCCCUAAUCAAACUAAGUAUACUCCUUUAUAGUCAACCCCCACCACACGUUAUCGUCGUCAUUUUGAAUACCCAAAGGCACUUUUAAGAGCCACGUCCAUCUGUCUGCCUUUCUGUCUGGCUGUCUGUCUAUCUAUCUGCCUGUUUGGCUGUCUAACUGUCUGUCUGCCUAUCUGUCUGUCUGUCUGUCUGUCUGUCUGGGUCAGUCUGUUUGUGUUGCAAUGGCCAUGAGACAUACCAUUGACCGCCAGCAUCCCAGCUACAAAGAGGGGAAACGUAAAUUGCUUGAAAGUAAACAAGACCACCUUAUAGCUGAAGCUGAGAGAGCCGUUGAGGAGAGGAAACGUGCGCGUUCUGGUGGAGGACCUCCAUGUGGCUCCACUAGUGACGGUGCAAGACGAGGCAAGCCGAGGGGGAGGCGUGGAGGGCGACGCGGAGGGCGACGCGGAGGGCGACGCAAAGCCUCAGCCACAGUCACGUUCCCCCCAGCUGAGUGCUCCCCGUCAUCCCAUGAGGACGUUCCGCUUACUGUACCUUCAGCGCAACUGAAUCCUCAAGAGGCAUUUGAAAAGUUUGUGGAGAGGCUUUCAUCUCUAAAUGCCUCUGGUCCUUCUGCCAAGCCUCAAAGAAGCUCUGCAUCUUCAUGGACUUUUCGGCAGCAGAAAGCCUCAGAGCGCUGGACAGAAGCACGACCAAACCACCUACAAGGCCUCAUUGAAAAGGAGGCUGUUGGUCAUCCCUUGUGUUGCCUCUGCCCCAAGCCGGCUGUUAUUAGGUGCAGAGAGUGUCUCCCUGAAGAGUGGUUCUGUGGGGACUGCGAUGUACUGCAUCACAAAAAACAGCCACUCCACAACAGGGAAUGUCUGAUACGUGGGUUCUUUGAACCCAUUCCUCCAACCACACGCGUCAUGAAAGGGGAGGAUGGAUAUUUCACUCAGGAGCAAGCUUGCAUCUUGCCAACUGUGAGUGUGUCAAACUGCGUCUGCGAUGGCACAACCUUCACUGUGUUACCAGGCAAACCAGUGAUUUUAAUUAACAUCAAUGGACGUUAUGACUUGCAUCAGCCACUGUAUGUAUGUCAGACGUGCCAGCAGCAGAGGACCCCUGACAUGAAGCACUUCCUUCAGAGUGGAUAUUGGCCAGCCUCUCUCAAUACUUCCACGUUGUACACGUUGGACCUCUUGAGCUCCUUUCAGGAACUGAAAGUAAUCUCUCCGGGAUUCUCCAGACAGGCCUUCGCAAAGCUCCUGGAGCAUCGCACCAAGUGUGGAGGACGAUCUGGACAUAUCAAAGGUGACACCCUGCAGCGCAGCUUCUUGGAGUUUUCAUAUGCUUCGUUUGAGAAGGACCAACUCUGCUGUGGUGCUGUUCUCACCUGCCCAGCCUGCACACCAGAAAUGUUGGCUGUUUCAGUAGAUGGAAACAGAAAGUUAUAUCGCUUUCGCCGAAAUGGAAGUUCUGGUGACCAUGCCUUUUUUGAAGGUUUAUUUGUGGCUGAAGACAGUGCAGUGUCUGGAUUUGUGGACAUGAUCCAGAAAGCUGUGAAAAAGACACAGGGAAGAGGCACGUGUGGGGACUCCCAAUGGACAGCAGCACGGGAGACAUCAAGAAGGGCAUCCAAAUUGGAUGAAGAGGGCAUGGAGGUUGCUGUGUGUCGCCAUGGUUUCCUUCUUAAAGCCCUUAAUAUGUACAGGGGAGAAAUAUUUGCCUGCCCCAUGUACCUUCAAAAGGAGCUGAUGCCAGCCAAGGCACAAUUCUUUGCCAUGGAUGUGGCUUGCAAAUACUGGCCAUACCUGGAGAAAGUUGCCAGUGUCCUUCCUGCUCUCCAGGAGCUGACCACCAUGAAACCUUUCCUCAGCGUCAUGCAUGCUCGAGCUCAUGCUACCAAGUGUGAGAUUAAAUGGAGUGGUAGGAACCAGGAAGGAGCAGGGACAACCGCCGGUGAAGAGGUGGAACAAGUUAACAGCUACCUCUCUCGUUGUGCCCUUACGACAAAAUAUAUGUCGAAAGCAGCCCGGUUGGACAUGCUCACAUUGCAUGCAAUGUUGUGGAACCAGAAGAAAGGGGAUUCCUUACACCAGGCACUUUCCCCAAGAUAUGUGAAGACUUGUCAGAGGCUCCUGGAUGAGACUGCAAUGCUAGCAGUGCUAAAAACCCAGCUACAUCUCUCAGAUGAAAUGGUGUCACAGUGGAUCUCAGAUGUGAUGGAAUGGGCAGCUGGUGAGACACGAGAUGCAUCUGACAACCUGCAAGGCACCACACACACAGGGCUUCAGCGGUCCAUUGAGGGGCUCUACCUCAGUGUGAGGCAGCGGAAGCUAAAUCUGUACCGUCAGAAUGACAGCAACAAGCUUCGCCACCGGCUUCGGAGGAAGCUGGCAGAAGAGAAAAAGCUCCUUUUUCAGGAGAUACAAAAGCACAACAAGCUUGACUCUGCAGCCAACAUCGAUGCAGCUGUGGUGGAGCACUCCCUGAGUGGAGAGAGCACUGUGUCCCCAAUAUGGCCUUGGGAGGUUCAUGACAGCGCAAACAUUGGAACCAAGAAACGGCUUCAUGACCAAGUCAUGACAACAAAGCGACUGCAGGAGGAAAAAAACAUUCUGGUGAUGGAGAUGGCACAACACUGCACAUGGUUGCAGAACCUGGCAUUGGUUCUCAAAAACAAGGUGGCUGAGUCGGGUGGAGAGUCUGGAGACAAAGGAGCUGAAGGACUUUGCAGUCUCUUGAGGAGAAGAAACACAGAGGUGUCAGAGGGGUUGCAAGUGGUCCUGCAAAAAUACAAGACUGCUUUAGGUCCUGAGGCCUCUGUCAUUCAAAAUAUUGAAGAGGAAGACCAAAGUGUCCACAGCAGUCCAGACACCAGUGAGGAUGAAGAGGAAAGCAUAAUUUAGAUUGAAGCUGCACUGAGGAUGGACUAAGGAAAUGGACUUGCCUAGAAAGCACUAAUGUGAUAAAACAUGCAUUCGGGCGUCUUAUAUUAUUUCACACGCAUAGAUAUUAACUUGGCACUAUGGGGGAGGGAACCAAGGAAGGCAGGCUUUCCUAUGAUUGGCCGUUCUGAAGCGCGAUAUUCGAUUGACAGCCCUCCUCAGCCCGAAUUCAGCCAAGGGUUUCUUACUUGAAGGGACCUUCGCCCAGACGUGAUUGUCUUCUGAGUUUCAGCCAUUGACUACAAUACAGAAUGAAUGAGAGGAGGGCUGAGGAAGGCUCUCAAUCAAAUAUCGUGCUUCAGAAACAGCCAAUCACAGGAAAGCACGCCCUGCCUUGAUUCCCUCCCACAUAGUGCCAAAAUUAAAUUUGAGCGAGAGAGAAAAACAUCAUUCGCGAGAGGCUGUUUUGUAUGACCAAAGUUAUUCCCCCCUCUCGCUUGCAACGAGGUAAUAAUAAUAAUAAUACAUUUAAUUUAGAGGCGCCUUUCAAGACACCCAAGGUCACCUUACAGAGCAUAUAGUCAUCAUACAUUAUUUAAAAAAAACAAGACAUUGUGUAAAAUUAAAUAAACAUAAGCAAUAAGAAAUAAAUAAAACAAAAACAAGACAAAACAAAACAAAAAAAACAAUCAAAACAGUGAUCAGUUAGACGUUGUGUGCGAGUUUGAACAGGUGAGUGAGAGUAAUGCUCUCGAGGAUCUUUUUUCCUGGCUCGGGGAGCUGCGCUCUGAGUGCGGACGUGCGCACAGAUAAUUUGGGCGCUCGCAGUUAACAUCAACGUGUAUGAAAUAAUAUAAUACGCCCGAAUGCAUGUUUUAUCCCAUUAGUGCUUUAUGGCACUAAUGUGUCGCCAUACUCAACCGCUUAUCCUGGCAACUUCACACCUGACACUGCACCCUUGGGUCUUCUGCAAUACACCCACCAAGUGUAAAAUAAAUCAGAUGAACACUACUAACUGCUUCCUGUCAACUGACAGCAGUCAGCUGACCGUCAUUACAUCGCUGUAGCACGUGAACAUUCAUUGGUGCCAUACUUGACAGCUCUCCACACAGUUACAUAGCAUUGUGGUGAAUGUUCAGACCACUGUUUCAUCUCUCCCCUUCCAGCGUCACAGAAUAUCAAUCUUGGUGAUGGAGGCACUAGCAUUUUGGUGUGUUAUUUAGUUAAUGUGUGUAAAAGAUGACUUCCUCAAAUGUCUUGUUUUGUUCGGAAUUCAAAGAUUCAGUUGACAGAAUAUAUAGAAGUAUUAAGAAACCAGAAAAUAUUACAUUUGAGAAUCUGGAAUCUGAUCAUUUUGAAUUUUUUUAUUUUUCAAAAAAUGAAAAAGUGAUUAAUCGUUCAUCCAAACAGUUGGUUAUUAAUUAAAAUCAAAUAGUUGCAUGUCAUGUAAAAUGUAAAUCAAGGAGAACGACCAUUUUGAUUGAUAGGGUGGCGUGACUAAGUAUGUAUACAUAUAAUAUGUAUGUAAUAUGCAUUAGACUGUAUGUAACAAAGAGACAGUUGUAUAGUUAAUAUAGGUACGUACAGUAUAACUGGAUUACAUGUUCUGUUGUCAGUGCUUAUGUAAAGCUAACCCUACAGUCCAUUUUUAAGAAAUACAGCCCAAAUUGUUUGUGUGUUGGACAGAUCCAUUUGGUGCAUUUUCUCCAGUAUUGUUGCAAAAGAUGAAUACAUUAUUGCCAAAAAUGACCAUUUUUUGUUUUACUUUUCCAUCAUGUUUAGAAACAUCAUGUGACAGUUUUGUGUUUUAUAAAAAAAGAUAGCCUAUCAAGAGAAAAUAUGGGAAACAAACAUAAAUAAUGCAUAAUUAAUUAUA